AUUUCAUUUUAUUUAAAUCAUGAUAAUUAGAAUGUAAGUACUGGUAACAUUUUGGUCUUCAAACAUGUAUGAUAUUAAAAUAACCCAAGGGAAAAAAUACGUCCCAACUGUUUAGGAAGUGGGAAAUAAACGUCGUACUUGUGUUGUUUCAUUCCGGAGGAUAAUAGAGGAGGGACCAGCUAGUUUUGAAGAACAUUUUUUUGUUAUGAGAGUUUCUCGCCUAGGCUGUUUAAACAAAAUGCGGAACUUUAAAGGAUUUCUGAGCACAGCACUGGUCUUUCUGAUAUUCGAGCUGUGUCUGGUGCGCUGUGACAUGACGGACGGAAACACAGAACAUCUGAAGAGAGAGAACUCCUUAAUGAAACCCUACCAAGGUGUUGGCAGCAACCCUAGUAGUCAGUGGGACUUCUGGGGAAGCACGUUGGUGACGAGCUCAUACGUCCGACUCACUCCGGAUGAGAGAAGCAAGCAGGGGUCCAUCUGGAAUACUGUGCCGUGUUACCUGAAGGACUGGGAGAUGCAUGUGCACUUUAAAAUUCAUGGGUCGGGAAAGAAGAAUCUCCAUGGCGACGGCAUCGCUGUCUGGUACACAAAGGACAAACUGCAUCCAGGGCCUGUGUUUUCCAACAAUGCUCUCUUCCACGGGCUGGCCGUUUUUAUAGAUACUUACUCUAACGAUGAUGCAACAGAUCGUUCCUUCCCGUACAUUUCGGCCAUGGUGAACAACGGCUCGGUGAAUUACGACCAUGGCAAAGAUGGCCGCUCGUCGGAGCUGGGAGGCUGCUCGGCGGAGAUCAGGAACCGAGAGCACGACACGUACCUCGCCAUUCGCUACUCCAAAGGAAGACUCACUGUGAUGGUUGAUGUGGAGGACAAGAAUGAAUGGAAGGAGUGCAUAGACAUCGGAGGUGUUCGUCUUCCUACCGGUUAUUUCUUUGGUGCCUCAGCAGCUACAGGAGAUCUGUCUGAUAACCAUGACAUCAUCUCUAUGAAGCUCUACCAGCUGAUGGUAGAACACACCCCCGAGGAGGAGAACCAGGACUGGACAAAGAUCGAGCCCAGCGUCAGCCUCCUUAAAUCCCCUAAAGACAACAUUGACGAUCCUACUGGAAACUUCCGAAGCACGCCCCUCACCGGCUGGAAGGUCUUCCUGCUUCUGCUGUGUGCUCUGCUGGGAAUCGUAGUGUGCGGCGUGGUGGGAGCUGUAGUUUUCCAGAAGAGACAGGAGAGGAACAAGAGGUUUUACUGAGGGGAGAAAGAAGAAAAAGGAGAACCUUAUCAGGGAGGUGUUUGUUGUGGAAUGAACUGUUUCCAGAUGACAGAUUGAGCACAUUCAAUGUGAAUUAUUUUCUAAAGAUUGUACAAAUGUUUAUAUCUUCGAAGCACUGCGUUUUGGAGCGAAUGAUGGUAACUUGUGAUGUUGGUAAGAAGGCGCAGAACUAGUGGCGACCAUUAUGAGUGGCCCUGAUCAAGGCUGUUUUUGUUCCCCAUGUGUUCAUUAAUUGCAGGGUUAGAAUAGAAUAGACGGACUGUCCUUUAAAAACUUUGAAGUGUUUCAAUGUCUCAAACCAUUGUUGUCAACACCUACCUAGUGGUUUGGUAUGUGAUGCUAAAACAUUGUCAACUUUUGGCACAGAAUAGUAAUUUAGAUCUUUGUCUUCCAGGCUGUUUCAACUAGGGAUGCACCGAAUCAAGAUUUUUGGGGUUUGGCCGAAUACCGAAUCCACUGGUUAAGAUUCUGCCGAA